CCUAGUGGGCAUAACUGGACUAGUGCUUGUUUCAUCAUCCAUCCACAUUGGAAGAUCUUUGAAAAAUACAGAGUUAAAAAAGGGAAACCUUUCUCACUAAGCUGAAAUGGUGAAGGCUUUGUCCGUGACAAAAACACGAUACAAGUUUUACUAAUGAGAUUGGAUUUAGCAAAAGCUAAGGUUUUGUGAGAGAGAAAUAAAGCAGCAGAAGCAGGGCGGCAUUUGCAUGUUUUUUUGGGGUGUGGGUCAUCAAAUCCAAACCCUCCGUGUUAUCUAUCCAUAAUCUAAGCUAAAUUUGCGAAUCAACGAGGGUUUUUUUGGAUGCGGAUAUUAGAGUAGGCUGCAGGGUGUGCUUCUGUGAUUCAUUAUGCCUCCUAAAGCAUCGAAGGCUGAUUUGGCAAAAAAACAGAAGGUUGUGGAGGACAAAACCUUCGGCUUGAAAAACAAGAACAAGAGCAAAAAUGUUCAGAAAUAUGUUCAGAGUAUACAGCAAGCUGCGCAGCCCAAGAAUAACGCAAAGGAUACAAGCAAGAAGAAGAAGGAAGAUGAAAAACAGCGGGAGAAGGAGUUGAACGAUCUCUUUAAAGUUGCCGUCAGUCAACCCAAAGUUCCACCUGGUGUUGAUCCUAAAUCUAUCUUAUGUGAAUUCUUUAAGGCUGGACAAUGUGUGAAGGGUUUUAAGUGCAAAUUUUCACAUGAUUUGAAUGUUCAACGGAAGGGUGAAAAGAUUGAUCUGUACAGUGACAAGCGAGAUGAAGAAACUAUGGAGGAUUGGGACCAAGAAACACUUGAAAAGGUGGUGGAAUCCAAGAACAAAGAGUAUAGCCAGAACAAGCCAACUGACAUUGUCUGUAAAUACUUUUUGGAAGCUGUAGAGAAGAAACAAUAUGGCUGGUUUUGGGUUUGCCCCAAUGGUGGAAAAGAUUGCCACUAUAGACAUGCUCUUCCUCCUGGCUAUGUAUUGAAGUCGCAAAUGAAGGCUUUGUUAGAGGAAGAAGCCGAUAAGGUUCCAAUUGAAGAGGAGAUUGAAGCUCAGCGGCACCAAAUAAAAGUGUCAACUCCUCUUACUACCGACUUGUUUUAUGAGUGGAAGAAGAAAAAGACGGAACAAAAGGAAGCAGAACAUGCUGCAAAGAUAGCAGAACGGGCUAAAAAUGAUCGGAUGAGUGGACGUGAAUUGUUCCUGUUAGAUGCAAGUCUAUUUGUUGAUGAUGCAGAGGCUUAUGAGAAGUAUAACAGGGAGGAUGAGGAAUAUGAUCGGAAGGAGGUGAACCCAAAUAUUCCUUCAGAACAGCCCUCGACAUCUGGAGUUACAGCUGAGGAAGAAGAACUGAUAUUAGCUGAAGAGGAUGAAUUGGAUCCUGAGGAAUUGGAUGAGUUAGAAGCCAGCAUAGCAAAUGCCUCACUUGAGCCACGGGAAAAUGGUGCAAGUUCUCUUAGAAUUUCUUAAGUGAUCAUCAGAUUGUUCUUUCUUUAGUCCUCGUGAGAAAUGGGAAUGGUCUGUCAAAUAGUGCACCUACGCAAGUUCUCCAAGAGGUUAGACCUUGCAUGAGUCAAUAUCAUUGCAUAGAUGGAAAGCAGGUUGAUUUGAUCUCCAGCUAUUAUGGUGAAAACUACCACUUGUUCCUGCUGGCAAUGCAACAGAAGUUGUUUCGAAUUUUGUUUCCUAGGUUUGCUGUUAUAUCUGAUCAGUUAGGCAUGAAAAAGCUUCAGUGUUCCUGGUACCAUGUUAUAUGAGGGUGGAUACUCUGUUCUUGAGAGAUUUAUCACAUAUACUGUCUGCACAUUUUGCUAUUUAAUUAUAAUUUUGUCCUCCAGGAUAACAUAUCUAUUUUCUAUAUAUGCAAUUCACAGUUUCUGAGAA